AUCAGAAACAUGAGCUCUAUCCCUCUUCUUGUCUUUGUUCUCUUAGGCCUGCUGAGCUCCUCUCAAGCUCAACUCAGACUCGGUUUCUACGAUCACUCCUGCCCACAGGCAGAGAGCAUCGUUCAAGUGUUCGUGAAGGAGCAUAUCCCGAAUGCACCCCCUCUGGCUGCUGCGUUGCUUAGACUGCAUUUCCAUGAUUGUUUCGUCAGGGGCUGUGAUGCAUCAUUGUUGCUGAACUCCACCAAGGACAACCAAGCGGAGAAGGAUUCUCAAGCAGACAUGGGUAUGCGAGGCUUUGAUUUCAUAGAUGCAGUGAAGAGCAAGUUAGAAGAAGCGUGUCCAGGCGUGGUCUCCUGCGCAGAUGUUGUUGCACUGGUAGCAAGAGAUGCGGUUGUUGUCAUAGGAGGUCCCUACUGGAAUGUUCCUACGGGCCGCAGGGACGGAACAGUUUCCUUGGCAUCCGAGACAUUAAACAACAUUCCUCCGCCAACUCUCAGUUUCAGUGAUCUCAAGGACAGUUUCGUGAAGAAGAAUCUUAGUGUGAAGGAUCUAGUCAUCCUCUCAGGUGCACAUACCAUUGGCAUUACUAGCUGCGACUUCGUCACGAAAAGGCUUUACAACUUCACGGGAAAAGGUGAUCAAGACCCAUCUCUCGACAAAUUUUAUGCCGCCAACCUAAAGAAAUACAAGUGCAAAACUCCUGCAGACAAGACCAUUCUGGAAAUGGAUCCUGGGAGCUUCACCACAUUUGACACUCAUUACUACACUAAUGUGGUGAAAAGAAGGGGACUGUUCACCACUGACGGGUCCCUGCUUACCGACAGCACCGCCCGGUCCUACAUAGAUGGAAUACUCAAUGGAUCCAUAGACUUCUUCAAGGAGUUUGGUUUGUCCAUGGAGAAGAUGGGUCGGAUCGAAGUGAAGACCGGAACCGAGGGCGAGAUCAGGAAGGUCUGCGGCGUGGUGAACAGCUCUAAUUAAAAAAGCAAGAGGCCUCUAUAUAUAGUGCUCCAGUCCGCCAUCUGAUCGGCACCGGCCAUAAUGGGUUUGAAUUGUCAUAAUAAAUAGAUUUCUUUCUGCUUGUAAUAUGUUUGAAGUCAUGAGAGUUGUCUCAUUAGCUUUGGCUUUUGCA